UUCUUGAUGCUAACGUUCAUCAAGGGGUUGGAUGCGGAGGAGACGGGCAUCCUCACCCGGGCCAUGAUGCUGAGCGGGGAUACCCUGAGUUGGCCCAAGGAAUGGGAGGGGAAACUGGUGGACAAGCACUCUACCGGUGGAGUAGGGGAUAAAGUCAGCCUCAUUCUGGCUCCCGCUCUGGCCGCCUGCGGAAUGAAGGUGCCUAUGAUCUCGGGGCGUGGCCUUGGACAUACCGGGGGUACCUUAGACAAGCUGGAGUCCAUUCCUGGAUACACGGUUCUCCUCCCCUCGGAUAGGAUGCAAAAGAUCAUGGAGGAUGUCGGUUGCUGCAUCUGCGGCCAGACGGCCAAUCUUGUUCCCGCAGACAAGAUUCUGUAUGCCAUCCGUGAUGUCACUGGCACUGUUCCAAGUUUACCUCUUGUCACAGCUUCUAUCAUAUCGAAGAAGGCUGCAGAGAGAGUGAACGCGCUGGUCCUAGAUGUCAAAGUGGGCAACUCUGCAUUCUAUUCACAAGAUGAAAAGCUAGGAAGAGAAAUGGCGACAUCCUUGGUUCGGGCAAGUAGUAUGCUUGGUACCAAGGCUACAGCCCUCAUGACGAGAAUGGACAACCCGAUUGGGCACUGUAUAGGAAACACCCUUGAAGUCGCCGAGUCCAUCCAAUGUCUUCGUGGAAAGGGUCCAAAGGAUCUUCGUACUCUCGUGGAGGAACUGGGUGGUUGUCUAAUAGACUCCCUUCAAGGCACCAACACCGGCAAACAACAGAUAGCAAACACCCUGGACGACGGAAGAGCUUUGGCCAAGUUCAGGGAUAUGAUCGUAGCGCAAGGGGCGGAUGAACACCUGGCUGACCGGCUCUGUGGACUCCCCAUGGAUGAUAUUGAUGAGGUCUGGCAAGUUCUGAAAAAGGCUGAAAACGAGACCCAACUCCUGGCCGAGAGAACAGGUUAUAUUUCAAGCAUGAAUUCUCUGGAGGUUGCUAAAGUGUGUUUGGUUCUGGGAGCUGGAAGGGCCGUCGCUACGGCAGAUGUUGACCACUCCGUCGGGGUCAAACUACUGGCACAUGUGGGCUCGCAUGUCAAGAAAGGAGAACCUUGGGUCACAAUCUACCACCAGUCUAGUGAUUUCAAUGAUGGACUAGCCGACCGACUUCAGGCAACAUUAGAGUAUUCAGAUUCGCCCCUCUCAGUCCCAGACAUUGUGAUUGGUAUGGUGAAGCCAUCUUGAGUUACUGAAAGCUCUCUUCAAUAAUUUAUACCUCUAACUUUGAAAUCAUUCUCAGAAAAACACUACAUAGUAAUAGCUGGAUUUAUAUAGCUCAGCACUUUUUGCCUGAGAAGAUACUGAUAUAAUACUACCCCGGCUUUAGCCGUGGAAAGUGUAUACAGGGUCAUUCUCCAGAAAAUGUGACAAAUCAUUUAAAGGGAUCGUUUAACUUUGUGAGCUGCUGAUUUAAAAAAUUCUCAAACUGAGUUGAAACGUGCGUAUGAGUGUCUGUAUUUGUCCUCAAAAACCCUGAAACAGACCACAAUAUAGGACGAAAAACUCUAAUUUAGAUACAAGUAGCAAUUUAUUAGCCUGAUUUUGAGAACCGUCUAGUAGACGGGUUCAGCUUAUGACCAGUUUCCUCCAAUUCAAAAAGUCCGUUGGCUAUUUUGACUGCCUUAUGUUGUGUGUAUCUCCUAUACACACACUAUUAGCUGCACUGUACAUUCAGUGUAUACCUUGUACACACUGUAUGUAGGUCAUGCUGUGUUCAUCUAGAAUUAAUGUGUUGUGGUGCACAUAUUCCCUGUAUACACAUAGUCAUUGAAACCAACUCCCAAUUAUUUCAAACUUUGGUUUACAUCUCCAAGGUUUUAAAAUUGAUCCUGUAAAUAUAAUACUCUGAAACUUUUGGGAUGGUAUUUUUACACUACAAGCCUAAUGUUUAGCCCAUUUUCAGGAACCAAAAGGAGAAUUUUCUAAAUCAGAACAAAGUGAAAUGAUCACUUUAAGUUACAGCUCAGAUCAACCUUUGACCCAUGGCCCCACACCCUUGCAAGAAUGAAUAUGGGUAAAAAAAGUUGCACACCUGAAUCCACUUUCAGUAACCUGCAACUCUCAAAAGUUGAGCGUUGUGGCCCAGUGGUUAAGCCUCAGGACUGUGAAACGGAGGGUCAUAGGUUCAACCGCAGCCGUGGCGUAGUUUCCUUCAGCAAAUAAUUUACCCACAUUGUGCUGCACUCGACCCAGGUUACAUGUAGGUGAAUGGGUACCUGACAGGGAUUUAUAACUUGAAAUGUGUUUUUGCUGUAAAUAAUUACGACUGCCAAAUUAAAGCUGGGGUAAUAACAUCCAAGUCCUUUGGAAGUGCUUAAGGCGACCGCAGACCUUAUGAUUGGUCUGCGACCCAAUUUCAGAAUAAAAUGUAGUAGGAUUUGAUGCUAACAUUGAGACUUGGAAUAUCUUACUGUGUAAUGUUCUAAAUCAUUGAUAUCAUACGAAUACCUAUGUUCAAAUCUGUGACUAUGCUAUCAUCCUUCUUAGAAUAAAAGCGAAUUUAAUAUCUAGUCGUAAUGACGUCAGCAGUCGUACGCUUGGCUACGAUUUGAAACUAAUUUGGCCUUUACUCCAAAAUAAAGGCUUGCAAUCUUUCAAAGUGGUUAUUUUAAUAUUCUUUCAAUUUUGUUUAACCUCAAAUAAAAUGAUACGUUCCAUUCAGAAAAUGAGCAAAAUGCGAUUUGUUCCCAAAUCGGAUCGCGAACAGUCGUAAGGUGUGCGGUGGCCUUAAGUUAUGAUCACAAUGUGAUAUACCUGCAUUACACAUAACUGUUCAUUAUUAGUAUUAAUCGGCCAAGAGAUGGUUUGGACAAUGACUUUUGUGAUAUUUUUCUUGAGAAUGACCCUUCACGCGUGCCAAUUGGGUUUGAGACUCCAACAUAGGGAUUUCUUGCCCAAAAAAGUGCCCAUAAAGGGGAGACGUACAUGUACAUCCUUGUAUAUGGCUUAUUUUUCAAAUGAUUUUGUGAAUGCAGAAGAGAAAGCUUAUUUUUCUAUAGUUACAGAAUGCAUUCAUUCAUUUUUUGAAAGAGUUUGUUUCCUGUGUUAAAAUCGAUGGCAGAAUUGACCUAACACAAGUUUUCACAUUAUAACCAGAGUUUUAUGUGGCAAAAACUUGUAUGCAACAAGGUCUGUUGGUCUACAAAUAGGAACACAUCAAUUGAUUGAUUAAUUUUCUAUCAAAAAUGAAAAAAAGGAGAUUGAAUCAUAUUCAAUAUCUAUUCAAAAUAUACAAGACACAUGUAUGAUACAAGAUACCAUGUCAUUUCAUGCUAGAGAUAUCAUCUACUGAAAUGCUGCAUUUUGAUUGGCCAGUAACCAAUUUCUCUUCCAGCUCUACAUGUACGUAGCAUUUGUUGGUGAAAACAGGGUAUUAUAUUUACAGAACCAUGCCAUACAAGAAAAUCAAUCAAAAUCAAUAUCAGCUCUAAAUAUCAGACAUUGAAGUAUAAUGGUUCUCAAUUGCAAUACCAGUAUUUUUCAGGAUUUUCUGAUAAUAUAUUAAUGCACUCAUGAGUGCUCAAUGCACUGUGAGAGGUUUAUGGUGUAUGUGACAGGUGGCUAUAUGUAUAACUAUAUACGCAUUAUACUAUACACUAUCAUGUAUAAUACUCCUCUACAUGUAUCAUAGGAGUGUGCAUAAUACAGUGCAUAAUUAUAAAGCAUAUUGAUUGGGAUGCAGUGGUUUAGAUUCACCGAGGCAAUUAAUGCACUCCACAGAUCGUGGUUUCACACAAUAACCUGGCUUUGGGGGGUUCGUUCAGCGUCAUUGUUCAUCCGUGAGGUAUUUGCUUGCCUUCAAAUUAGGGUCCUGCCUCACAGAUAGCUGUGAUUGAUCUUGGGCCCGUCUUACAAAGAGUUGCCAUUGAUCUUAUCAAUCAAAACUAUGGAAAGCCAGCAAGAUCAGCAUCUAAAAUGCAAAUUUGUUCAAAAUAUUUUCUAGAUAUGAUGUAUAUUCAUACAUUCAUCGUUCUCUUGAGGAUUCUGUGAGAUUCUAUUUGUUUACUAAGGAGAUUGUGCAAAUUUCCUGUAGAAAAAAAAAUUAUGAUAUGGAUGGAUUUCCAUACAGUUGAGAUUGAUUGGAUCAAUCGUACCUCUUUGUAAGACAGGGUGCUUAUAUCAUCCUCAAUUCUGGAAAUCCAUAAAUGUUUGAAUUCUUCAUUCAGGAAACUAGAGCCCCUUUAAUUUGAAACAAAGCGGAGCACACUGAAUGGCCAAGACAAUGAUGCAAGCAUAGUCUGCAAGCUCAGACUCAGAUUUGACACUUUAAACAAUUGUACUAUGUCUAGAGUGAAGACUAGUCUCCACUAUUUGUUUUGUUACUUUUAUAGUAGCAGCCACAGUACAUAGUGAACCUGGUCUCACUAAUUCAGACUGCAUUUUGCUCUAUGUGAAUUGCAAAAACCAAAGGUCUGUGCCUGUAGACUAAUGCUAGCAUAUGGCCGUACACAGAAAUGGUGUUGGGGUGGCAGGGGGCAAGACAUGUAAAAGUUUUCAAAGAAAGUCCAAAAAGAGGGAACAAAGUGACCGAUCUUGUCACGGUGGCACUUUUGCAUUUUCUGCAGUGAAAUCGUAAAAAUGUAAGUUUUCCAAAUGUCUGGUGGGCAACUGCUCCCCACUGGGUACGACCAUGUGCACGCUGAAGUAUGAAGACACUUUGAACAAGGGUAUACGCACAUAACACCAACAUAAGAUGUUGGUAUUGCUGGUCGGUGUUCCAUAGUUGUGGUUUAUCGGAAUAGAGACCUAGGUCAGUGUUGUUGUGAUUUUCUUUUUUGUAUCUUCCUAUGGAGCAAUAUCAGUACAACAGGCAAUGCUCAAUACCAAACAUGUUAUUUAUUUACAUUUGUAUAGUCUAAACACCCACAUUACAGUAGUGAAGAAUAUACAUUUAUAUUGUUAACUAUUGGGCCUGUCAUGUGACUGUACCACUACAUGCGUUGUCAUAUUGACUAAUGUUUCGUUUUGGUUUCAGGUUCUAACUACAAAUAGCAUACCUUUAGAAUCUCAUUCUUCGCUCACAACAUACUUAAGUUUAUUUCAUAUAAAUAUACUUCAUAUAUUUAUGAACAAACUUAUGCAUAUGCUGUAUAUAUAAAUGUGUAGACCAUUAUUGGUAUUCUCAUAUUGUUGGAGUGCUUUUAUUAAGCUCUUUUUUCUAUUGUUAUGAUUUGAAACAAGAUCUAGUAUCUAGUUUUAUCCCCCAAAUAUACAUAAACUGUUUAUAAACAUUUAGCCCAUUCCUUAUAUUGGCAUUCUCAUGUUUUUGAGUGUUUUUAUUAUUAGUUUCCAUUGUUGCAUGUACCAUAUGUUUUGUGAAAAGAUCGAGCAUUUAGUUUUAUCCUACAAAUAUACCUAAACUGUUUACAGAGGCUCUAGAUCAUUUAAUGGUGUUCUUGUAGUUAUAGAGUGUUUUUAUAAUGCUCGACAUUGUUUAUGAUAUGUUUUGGACAAGAUAAAACAUUCCUUUCUUUUUGUUUUGAACAGUUUCCUCGAAACCUUGAAUGUUUUAUUAAAUUAUGGAAAUAUUGUACCUAAAAUAAUACCUUUGAACAAUGUGAAUGCACAAAAUUUGUCAUAUUAUAUAUUUUUCAUAUUACAUAUACAAUGUAGCUUAUGCGUUUAUAGAGGUGUUGUGGAUAAGUUUCUGGACUUAUUGAACCCCAAGAUCUGGGGUUCAAAUCCCACUGCAGCACUUGCGUCUUAUCUACAUUUGCCGCUCUCCACACAGGUGUAGUAAAUGGGUACCCGGCUGGAAUGAAUUCUUUGAAUGUUCCAGCCUCCAAUCAGGGUAGCCAUGCUAAAGCUGGGGUAAUAAUAUGCAGCGCUUAGAAACAUUUGUAUUAAGCGCUAUAUAAAUUUCCAUAUUAUUUCUAACAUAUUUCACGUAAUAAUCACUCCUCUGAAAUAUUGAUUAUUGUCGUACGCUGGGCAAGUAGUAUAGAAUACUAUUGAAUGGGAUUAUUUGUACUAUACAGUGUAUGCCUGCAUAUGUGUAUCAAAUGUACACAAUUCAUGUGCUGUGCCUUGACCUAAGGGCAAUUCCAUAAAAUAUUUACAUCCGACCCCCUAUAUGUAGGACCUUCAAGAAAUUUUCGGUUUCUGAUUUCUUGUUAUUUUGAUAGUCUAUAAUGUUCUCAAAGGACCAUGACUGGGUCAGUUUAUGAAGUGAAGUAAAACAAGAGAAAAAUGGGGGUCGGACGCACAAAAAGGUUGAUCAUUUUAUGAAAUUGCCCUUAAUGUAGAUAUAUAUGUGCCAAAAUAAUAAUAAUAAUGAUAAAAACAAAUGGUAAUAUUCCAAGAUUUACAGGACCCCCCCCCGAC